AGGCAGAGGUGUAACCAGGAGAAGAAUUCUGAAGGAAAGGAAAGCCACUCAUUUGUCUCCAUGGACACUCAACGUCUUCCGAGCACUUCUUAGUGUGUGUGGCGCAGGAGCGGGUCCUUGUCAUCCACUUAAUAAUUCAUCAGGUUGGUCUCAGAGCUUUGAGCCUGCAGUGCUCACCAACUUUCCCACCUCUAACUUUCAUGCAGCAGCAGCUGACUGUUUCAGCAAGUCUCCUUUUGUACUUCAAAUGGUUGGCACUGAGGAAGAGCCGAAAAAUCAGGUCCAGACAAUUUGUCAGCAUCUUGUGUGUGUUUGUGCGAGUGUAUGAAUGAGUGUGUGCGGCGAGAGUGUGAGAAAGGUGUGUGAGUAUUUUCUGUACGGAGGGUAUCCUGCUGUGAAAGUGGCCACUUUCCACUUUCCUCGUCUCAUUAUAUUUGUGGACUUGCGAGUCGUUUGUUAAAACUGCCACUCUUGCGGGACUGGACGUGCAAGAUAGCUGCUCGAGAGGCAGUCUGGAGGCCAAAUGGGACUCAUCUGCCAGUACCGCUGGUGAAAGCACAUCUCUGUGCUGUGUUUAGGCUGUUUUAGGGGCUCUCUGUGCACCCUCUCCACAGAUUCGCUUUCAUCAUGGCCGGCUGUACCAGCCGCUGCAGACAGGGGGUCCAAAAACUAAUUCGGUCCAUUCAGAGGCUUGUGUCUGGAACCCUCAACAAAGAUAAAAUAGAUGAUGAACUAGAGAUGACGAUGGUCUGCCACCGGCCGGAGGGUCUCGAGCAGCUCGAAGCACAGACAAACUUCACCAAGCAAGAGCUACAAGUCCUUUACAGAGGCUUCAAAAAUGAGUGUCCAAGUGGAGUGGUGGAUGAAGAGACCUUCAAACACAUUUAUGCACAGUUUUUUCCACAUGGCGAUGCUAGCACAUAUGCACAUUACCUCUUCAAUGCAUUUGAUACCAGAAAUGAUGGAUCAAUAAAGUUUGAGGACUUUGUGAUGGGAUUAUCUACCCUAUUGAGGGGGACGGUCAGAGAUAAACUUGAGUGGACAUUUUAUCUAUAUGACAUUAACAAAGAUGGAUUUAUCAACAAGGAGGAAAUGACAGAGAUAGUGAGAGCCAUCUAUGACAUGAUGGGGAAGUACACUUAUCCGGCUUUAAAAGGAGAUGUACCAAAGCAACAUGUGGAUGCUUUCUUUGAGAAAAUGGACAAAAACAAAGAUGGAGUUGUAACAUUAGAGGAGUUCGUCCUUGCCUGUCAGGAAGAUGAAAAUAUGAUGAAAUCCAUGCAGCUCUUUGAAAAUGUGAUGUAAAGAAGAUGAAACAGAAGAAGAAAAGAAAGAACCAGAGAGUGGGAAAAGAGAGCAAAAAGGAGUUUAUGUUAAAAUGUACAUUUGCCAGAUUUCACUGAAUUGAGUUUUGGAGGGACAUGGUGGUCAGUAGAUGGAUGCACGAGAGUCAGUAGGCUUUCUUUUUCUAUCUCUAUUCAAACCAUGUAACAUGUUUAAUAUUGUCACUUGUAAACCUUUCAGACCUUCAAGCUGAUCCAGAACACUGCAUAUGUUUGAAAGUGCAUUGUCUGAUGUGUGACCAUUGGGGUGGCCAUGAUCAGCACACUCCCCCCUGCCUGUGAAAGAGAACGCUAUUCUCAGGCUUUUUUGGUUUGCUUGACACUAGAGCUCAGGACCCAAUACAUUUGUAUUGGAACUGCAUCCAGGAGGUAUACAGCCUCCUUUGCUUGCUUUCUUGCCUAAAGAGCUGGCAUGAUAAAAAAAAUGUAAAAAAAAAAAACUGCAUAUAUGUUCCCAAUGAGUUGCUUGAAGAUAACAUUGGCCUUCAGAUAACUAACCUGAUGUUAUUAAUCUGCAUAUACAUUUAAUGAUUCAUUUAUUUAUGACAUGGACUUGUGGGAUCCUUAAUUGGAGGCUGAUUUUGUGUCUUGUGUUGUCAGUGAUAAUAAUGUUGUUUGUAGGUAUUUGCUAUCUCCAGUCUGCCUACUUAUGUCUGUCUCAGUACCAGCCAAACCAUUGCCCAAUAGAUUUUAGCAAAUAUGCUGGCUCUAAGGUUAGAGGUGUGUGUGUGUGUGUGUGUGUGUGUGUGUGUGUGUGUGUGUGUGUGUGCGUGUCUAUGUAUGUGAGGAUUGAGAAGAGAC